AUGAACGGCAUUACUUAUUACGAUACAAAAGAUAACAACUCAAGUGACAACAUGCAUGAUGAUUUUUUAAACUACCCCAAUUUUAAAAAAUUCAUUGACAGGAAUAAUAAUAGUGAUCAUGAAAAUUUCGAGGAGUCGAGAAAGUACAUACACCGAGAAAUAACGAAAACACUUAAUGCGAAUUCGGUGAAGGUAUGCAGAAAUAUUGAUGAGCGAAUUUUGCCAGGAAGUAAGACUAAUAAAUUCUGCUUAAAAAGUAUGGAAAAUCAGAGUAACAAAAAGAACUUUUCCUAUAGUCGUAAAAAUGACUCUGACAUCAAGGACAGUAGGAGCCUGAACAAGUUUGCACAUUGCAGUAGUAAUAGCAGUAGCGGUAGGAGGAACAACGAAGAGAGUGGCCUUAGAGAUCAAACAGGGCAAAGCGGGAAGAGCAGUAUUGGCCACUCAACCAACUGCAGAAGUAUGAAAAAUCUUGGCCAUGCAAGAAAUCACAGUGGAGUGAACAGUGUGAGCUAUCCCAACAACGCCAGCAAUCCAGGCAGCAUCAGUGUGAACCAUUUUGGUCAUUUGAACCAUCCCAGGAGCAUGAACAGCCACCGUGCAGAGAGUUCAAAAGGGAAUCUCGAAACAGAUCCUCCUCCAUCAUCGCAAUUUUUUCAUGGCAACUAUUCGAACGAGUUAAGUGAUAAUAAUAACCAACAUCAGCGUCCGAUUAACUAUUUGAAGAAAAGCGAAAUGAACAAUGAAGAUAUGGAUCGAAUAAACGAAGCAUUAUUAUUAAAAGAAAAACAAAAUUUAGUAAAACAUGAAUUUUUCUUGUCUCAACAAAGAAGUAACACUCCUCUCGAACAGGGAGAUAACGAAGUCACACGAAAUUUAGAUAAUUUUAUGUUUUCAAAUGAGGAUAAGUUAGGUUAUGUGCGAAGUAGCAGUAUGAAUAGCCAUCCGUACGAUUUAGUGAAAAGCAGUGACACUAUGGAGGACGUUAAAUUUAGUGCUUUUACCUCCAACGAGUUUGGCAGCAUGGGAAGCAAGCCCCCCGGUUUGCUUCCUACAAAGGGGGAGGAUAUAAAGAAGAAAAAAGCAAAGGAAAAGGAAAGGGGCAAAGAAGAAUUGAAGCAUAAGGAAGGAGAAGAAAGGAAGGAGAGCGAAAAAGCGAAAGAGGGAGAAAAGACGAAAGACGACGAAAAGGCGAAUGAAGGCGACAAUGCAAAAGUAAACGAAAAGGGGAAAAAAGGAGAACAUGAAAAGGUAAAAAAGGGUGAACAGGAAAAGACAAAAAAGGGAGAGUAUGAAAACAUAAGAAAAAGUGAACAUGAAAACAUUGCACAUUUUAUUAAGCAGAAAAUUUUGGAAAAUGCGAAAAUGGAAAGGGGGUCAUCUGGCGACCAUUUCAAGGGUAGUGGAUUUUUCCCCAACUCACAUGCCAACAGUGCUGGGGUUGCCCUUGACAGCAACAGCAACAACAGCAGUACUAGCAUGAACAUUGGUCCCGUAGGUGGCGGCAUGCACAAUGGAAUCUUGAGUGGCAUCCACCAUGGCAACCACCCGCAUAGAUACGAAGUAAAAAACCACAUACCCGGGUUCCAGAGAAGAAUGAGCGUAAAAAAGGACGCGGACAACUUUCGCCUAUUGGAAAACGACCCAAACAAGUUCAAAAAGUACAAUCACCUGAAAGACAACUUUCACCUGAAUAACAGCCGGAGACACUUCUACCCAAACGUGGACCAAAGAAAAAAUAACUCGGAGAUGUUCCUAACCACCGAUAUUAAUGACAAGGUGUAUGAAAAUAAUAUAAUGUAUGAUGAUUAUUUUACCAUUGAAAAUAUGGAAACUUGUGAAGAAAAAAAGGAGUUUUUUAAGAAUGAGGGAUAUAGCAACAAAAUGAAGAGAGAAGGCUCGUUCGAAUUUCGCAUGCACCCAAAUUUUGGCACCAAGGAAUUAAUGACAAACAAAAAAAAAUAUUUUCAUUUUGCUGAAAAUAGGGAUUUAGCUUCCAGCACGAACUACAUGAAGAACCAUUAUUACAAUGAAAGUAAUAUGAACGAGUUUUCCCUCGAUGAGGUUGCUAGUCCGUAUAUUUUUCCUCGUAAGGACUAUCUAGGCAACAACUUUAAUGACGAAGUUUUAGGCAUGGAUGUGCAUAUGGAGAAAAUGGAAUACACUUCUUCCCUUUUAGGAGGAAGGGCAGGAGACCGAUAUUCUCCCCAUGGCGCAAGGUUACCAAACGGUGUCAUUGUCGCGCCACCCCUGAUGUACCACAAUUGCAACGGGUAUGCAGGUGGCCAAAACAACCACAGUGCAGGUACCCAUGCUGAUUUUGAAAGUGGAUCGACGCAUGCAGAUUUUGGAAAUACUUCAGUCCAGGGGAAUGUAGGAAGCACGACGGUGCAUACCGAUAACAAUGGGCAGGAGGAAGAAAACGAGACGAUCAGUACCCUGGUGAAUGAAUUUACGCUAAAAAGGGAAGAAAAUUAUUAUCAAAAUAGGAGCGAGAUGAGACGCGCAAAUGAGAUGAAUAAAACCAAGAGCGUUAACAUCGCUGAUGUAAGCAUCGUUUUUAACUCGAACAGCUGUAGCCUCAGUAAUGGGAAUGACACGGACAUGAACAAUAACAGUAAUGUUAGUACUAGCAUUAUCCCGGGAAAAGCCGCCAAGCGUUCGAAUCCAAGCAUGUUCAGCACAUACGAUAUGGUUUCUCUAAAAGAUGGCAUUCCCAACGGCGUGCAUGGGGGGCACAUUAGCGGCAGCGUUGGUGAGAGUGGUAUCCGCGGGAAUAAUCACCAGCAGACUGAAAAGAACAGGAUCUGGAACGGGGUGGAUAACGGAAUCGAUAAUGGAAUGGAAAACGGAAUAGAAAAAGGAAUCGAGAAAGUAAUCGAGAACGUAAUCGAGAAUGGAAUCGAAAACGGAAUCGAGAACGAGAAUGAAGAGUCUGUCAUAAAAUUAUUUUUCGGAAACCUUGCCCCGAUCACCACGGAAAAGGAUAUGCAUAACCUCUUCAGUAAUUUUGGCAAGUGCGACUCUUUGAUCAUAUUAAAAGAUAGGAGGAGCAAGUCCAGGGGCUCGGGAUUCGUCACCUUUUAUAAUAUGCAGGAAGCAGUCAACGCGAUCAAAAAUUUAAAUAAUAAAAUUAUUUUGUCGGGGGCUCACAAACCGCUGGAAGUUCGAUUCCCUGAGAAUAAAGAAGAGAAAAAACUAAGAACCAAACUGUUAAAUGCGGCAAAAUGGAAAGGCAAGAAAAUUGCCCCCAGUGGAUGUUUGCCGAUAAGUACGGAGGAUAUAUUAAAUCAGAGCACUUUACAUCUGAAUAAUGGCCCAGGAGGAAGCCCCGGGGGGAAUCACCACGUCCCUUUUCUAAACCCGAUGGAAACAUCCUCGUACUUUUUAACGGAGAAUGACGGUGAUUUGUAUGACAUUAAGGAAACCGUCAGCUUUGGUUUCACGAGUGGGGAUAUGAUGGAGCGCGCGAAUGCGAACCAUUAUGCCUGUUCAGAGGACUUUUCCGAACUCAUAAACGCACCUAGCGAAACAACCAACAACACGGUGCUUACAGAUUAUGUCAAUCGAGUAGAAGAAAGCAGCAACAUGUGCAGUAGUAGCCGACAGAAUUCGUACAAAAAGGGGCAGGACAAUUUCCCUGAUGAUAUGAGCAAUAUGAGUUUGUCCAAGCAGAAGAAGGAGUACAUGCAGUUUCUGCCCAAUUUUCUAUUAGAUAAUAACCCCCAUGGAGAUGUAGCAUCGAAUUCGUUUCAAUCGCUUGAUGAGACUCUUGACAACAUCCCAAAAAUUUCUAUUAAUUCAGAUAUGGAAGAGGUAAACGUGCGUUCGAAUGGAUUUCCAGGAGCAUUAGAGGUGAAUGGGGGGUUGGGUAGCAAGGUGGUCCACGAAGUAGUGCAUGAUAAGGUGCCUAGCCUGUGGAGCGAGUCGAGCACCAUGGAAGAGGACACCACUUGUCGUCAUGAUAGCAUUGGUUCCGCGAAAAGUUUCCGCAAGGGGGACGUCCAGAACGCAAGUGUUGCGAAGGGGAGUAAUUUCAGCGCAAACGGCUUCAUGGAGGAUAGCUUCUCCGCAUGUGUCUUCUCCAGGAGUGGCUUCCCCUCCAGCAAUUUCCCCCCGAGCAGCUUCAACUCUAGCGGGGGAGUUAUUGACGAGAGGGACGAGGCCAAUUCGUACUUCUCCAGCUUCUGUCACGCCUUCCCAGUACAGAGUAGUAACAUAAUAGAACACCCAAACAACACGUUUUUCUCCUACCUGAACAAAGACAAAAGUUUGGCAAACCAUAACAAGGGAAAGAAAGAAGUCUCCCAUCACAAGAUGGACUUUUGUGGGAAGGGAGGAAAUUUCCCUGGAAUAAACGAGUUGGAAGAAAUAAACCACUUUCGGCAGCUGACUGAAUCGAAAGAGGUGAGCGAGGCGUAUCAACGGGGAAGGGGCGAAAGUGACAUGUGCAAUGUGUUGUUGCGUGGAUCAGGAGAGAUAACGGAGGUAGGAAAGGAGGAGAAUCUUCUGAGCGCCAUUUAUCAAGGCAACAAAGGCAUGGCCUCUCCGCCGAUGAAUGAUGAUGGGUAUAAUAACAUGAACGUACAUUAUCUAGGAUUCGAUUUGUCCCGCCUGAUACAGAUAAAUGAAGACAUAUUGUUACCCCGGAAGGAGGAUAUGAAGAGCAGCAAUCAGAACAGCAACAACAGAAACAGCGACAAAACCAAUUCCAAUGUGGGUUUUACUAGCCACGAAGUGAAGGAUGCUGCCCACCUAAAUGGAAAGGAAUUAAUGGCAAGUGAUUUUUAUCAACACGGGGGAAGGAGGACCAGCAGUAGUAGUAGCAGUAGUAAUGAUGGUAACCACAUGAACAAACUCAACGUUGGGCAUGCGCAUGGAACCAUGGAUCUACUAAAUGAUGACUUGUUUGGUAAUAAGAAUUUUGACGUAAAUGAUAACUUAAGCGAUGAAAUGCUACAAAAUUUAAUAAGCCUUUAUGCACAAAAUAAAUCCUCCAUGAUCACUUCCCACAUGUUCAGCUACUUUAAUAAUGUCUUGUGCGAGAUAAACAGUGCCCUGGACAUUUUUAACAAGUUCAGUAUCAAGACGUCGAUGAAGAAUAUAGCGGAGGAGGAGAGUCUUCCUGAGUGA